CAUUCUUCUCCAUCAGGAAAAAAAAAAGCCCUCAUUUUCCACCUCUUCUGAUUCAGUUUUUUCAUCAGUGUUUGUAAAUCGCUGCUGAGAGAAGUCGAAGAAACCCUAAUUGCCAUUUUAUCAAAUUUGACGUUGUAGAAGGAGAUUUAGGAAUGAACUGAGAUGGGUGCAGCAGGUUCCAAACUCGAGAAAGCUCUGGGUGACCAGUUUCCUGAAGGAGAACGUUACUUUGGCCUCGAGAAUUUCGGCAAUACUUGCUAUUGUAACAGCGUUCUUCAGGCUCUAUAUUUCUGUGUUCCAUUUCGAGAACAGCUACUGGAUUAUUAUUCAAAUAACAAAAAUCUUGCUGACGCAGAUGAAAAUCUCUUGACAUGCCUUGCUGACCUGUUUGUGCAGAUAAGCUCACAAAAGAAGAAAACUGGUGUCAUUGCUCCCAAGCGCUUCGUACAGAGAUUGAAGAAGCAGAAUGAGAUUUUCCGCAGUUAUAUGCAUCAGGACGCACACGAAUUUUUAAACUAUUUACUGAACGAACUGGUUGACAUACUGGAGAAAGAAGCCAGUGCAGCUAAAAGUGAUCAAGAAACUUCUUCCCCAACAGAAAAAAUUGCAAAUGGACCAACCAGUGUUCAAGCUAAUGGUGUUAAAAAAGAGCCCCUGGUUACAUGGGUGCACAAAAAUUUCCAGGUUUAUCUGCCAGGACUGUUUAAAUUGGGUUGUCUGGUGCUCAACACUUUGGAAUUGGGUCUUACAUUCAGUCUUGCCAUGUACAUUGGUAUACUCACAAAUGAAACGAAGUGCUUGCGUUGUGAGACUGUAACUGCAAGAGAUGAGACAUUUCUUGAUUUGAGCCUCGACAUUGAACAGAACAGUUCAAUAACUAGCUGCCUGAAGAACUUUAGUUCCACAGAGACUUUGAAUGCAGAGGAUAAAUUCUUCUGUGACAAGUGUUGCAGCUUGCAGGAAGCUCAGAAGAGGAUGAAGAUUAAAAAGCCCCCUCACAUCCUAGUUAUCCAUUUGAAGCGAUUUAAGUACAUUGAACAGCUUGGUAGGUAUAAGAAGCUCUCAUACCGCGUUGUCUUCCCACUUGAGCUGAAGCUGAGCAAUACAGUUGAGGAUGCAGAUGCUGAGUAUUCCUUAUUCGCUGUGGUAGUCCAUGUUGGGAGUGGACCAAACCACGGACACUACGUCAGCCUUGUGAAGAGUCACAACCACUGGUUGUUCUUUGAUGAUGAGAAUGUUGAGAUGAUUGAUGAGUCAGCAGUUCAAACAUUUUUUGGGUCAGCUCAAGAGUAUUCCAGCAAUACAGACCACGGGUACAUCUUAUUUUACGAGAGAGUCUCCAAUGGAAGCACUAGUUAGUAGCUUAAUGAGUUUAGUUUAUUUUGUUUCCAAUUUUGAACUCAAUUUCUACCUCUAGUGAUCAAUUUUAUCAUUUGCUACAUUACUUGUAGUUUCUUCAGAAAUUUUCUAGUGAGUUGACAUGAAAUGUGAAGAAUACAUAUCUAGGUUGUUGCCUUGUACAGUGGAUGGUAAAAGCUUUACCAUCUAUUUUUCCAACAAUAAAAGGGGAAAAAGGAUAUGUAGUGUAUGUGAUGUUGGAGUAUAGGAGGCUUUAUUCUUCA